CACUGGAAUCUAAAAAUAAUUAUAUAUUUCAUUUUUUUCUCUUUUACAUUGUAGAUAUAAUUUGCACUUAUCUCACUUUUUUUUAAUAUAAAUAUUUAACAGAAAACUAUAUGCUUGCAAAUAUAACUAAAGCAUUUUAUAAGAUUUACUCAGAAGAAUAUCUUGAAGUGUCUAUCAAUUAUAAAGUUAUAUGAUAAGUGACAUAUAAAUAUGAUUUAAUCUAUUACUAUGUCACAGGAAUAAAGAGCACACUCAUUCAUUAUAAAAAUAAAGAAAUAUACUAAACAUAGGAAAGUAUUUCAAACGGUUCAAAUACAUAACCUUUACAAUCCACGUUCCAUGAAAUAAUGUGAAGUGUCAGAAUGAAAAUGAAAAUCGGUUUACAAACCUCUUUAACCACCGGAUCACUUUCAUUUUCCAUGGUAUUUGUAUUAGACAUUUAAACAGUUUUUAUUUUCCAGUUAUCACUUGUAUCUAUUCAAGUAUGCUUUGAUGCAAACACUGAUUUUUAUACCACGUUCCUAAAGAUAAUUGAGAUGCAAAUGUAUACUGACAGUAUUUUACAUUCAAGAUACACGAUGAACUUAACCACUGCUACCAAUGUUCCACUUUAUUUAUAAUGCCCUUUUGUGUGUUAUAAAUUGUAAUUUAAGAAAGUGCAUGAAUGAAAUUUGUUUAAUCUCAAUCAAAGAAAACAACAAGAAUUAACGUUUGUAAAAGUGAACAGUUUAAAAUAAAUCAACAAAAUGACAUCAAUGUUUGAUCAGUAUGAACAAGCAUCUCAGCGAUCAAAACAAGUACAUGCACCACCAAUUCGUCCUGAUAUUAGUACAGCAGGAUUUAUUCAAAUGAAACUGCAAGAUGAUGGACCGAUCUUUAUAAAGCAAAAAGUUAAUUUUCAACCAUCUGAUAACAUUGUACAUUUAGUUGUUAAUAAUAAUAUAAUUGUUAUUGCUAUGGCUAACAACAUUCUCUUACGCAUUGAUAUGAAAAAUCCAAAUGUACCAGAAGAGAUUGAUAUAUCUAAUUAUUCUGUGAACAUGAAAAUGUCAGGGAUGUUUCUUGAUCCUUUGGGUAAUCAUUUAUUAAUAGCUUUGGUUCGAAACAAUCCCAAAGACAAUCUACCAUCUGAAUUAUUUUAUUUACAUAAAAAAGCGACAAAAUUAAAACAGGCAAAUAAGUUCAAAGGACAUGAAAUUACUGCUGUUGGAUGGAAUUUUUUAAAUUCUUCUGAAACCACCACGGGUCCAAUUCUCCUAGGAACUGCAAAAGGUCUUAUCUUUGAAACAGAAAUUGGUAUAGAGGGUGAUAAAAUAUUUAAUACAAGUUUGGAACAAUAUUGGCGUCAGCUUCCUAACCGCCUACCCCUUUACGGUGCUAAGGAGAUAGAAGAAUUGGUAUUCGAUAUAGGGGAAAGUAGUAAACCACCAAUUACUGGUUUGGAAUUCCACAAAGUACCGAACACAGACAAAUAUAUGAUUAUUGUUACCACUCUUGUACGCAUUUACCAGUAUAUUGGAGAAGUUCAAAACCCAGAAGAGAAACCUUUGUUGCAACAAGUAUUUAAUAGAUAUUUGAAUGUACAAGAAAGUUUUAACGAUGUAAUAAGUUCUUUACCCUACUCGAAAAUGCAAUGUUAUUACCCAUCAGUUGGAGCUAUACCAAAGUCAUUUGGUUGGCUAACUGAAACUGGUAUAUGGUAUGCACAGAUCGAUCCAAAUGUAGAACCAAACAAUAUAUUAUUAAAUCAACAAAUGUUAAUGUGUCCUGAAACAAGUCUUAUAGGAAACAAUACCUCGCAAGUAACAACUGCACCACUGUCAUUCGUUUUAACAGAAUUUCAUGCGUUAUUACUUUAUACAGAUCGUGUUAAAGGCAUAUCCCUUUUAAAUCAGGAAUUGAUAUUUGAAGAUAUUUAUAAUGAUGCUUUUGGAAAAUUGCUUAACAUUACGAAAGAUUAUGUAACUCGUUCUAUUUGGGCUUAUAGCGAACGAGCAGUUUUUAAAUAUAAAGUUAAUAAGGAAGAUAGAAAUGUUUGGCAGAUAUAUGUUGACAAAGGUGAAUUUGAACUCGCUAAACAAUAUUGUAAAGAUAAUCCAGCACAUAUAGAUCAAGUAUUAGUGAAACAAGCAGAAGUGCUUUUUAAAAAUAAAGAAUACGAAAAGAGUGCUCUCAUUUCCGCGGAUACUCAUUCAUCAUUUGAAGAAAUAUCUUUGAAAUUUCUUCAAGAAUGGCAAAUAGAGGCAUUAAAAACAUUUCUAAAAAAGAAACUCGAAGGAUUGAAAGCACAAGAUAAAACACAAAUAACUAUGAUUGUUGUGUGGGUAAUUGAAUUAUUUAUGAAUCAAAUGGCUGCAUUACGGAAAAGUGAUCCGCAAUACUUGGAACUUCAGAAGCAAUUUGAUAGCUUUUUCGCUAUGCCGAAAGUCGCGGAAUGUAUAAAAAGAAAUCGCAGUACUAUAUAUGAUUUAAUGGCAAGUCACGGCGAUAAAGAAAAUCUUAUCCGUUUAACUAUAAUGCAUCACAAUUAUGAAGAAGUGAUACGUCAGCAUUUAUACAAAAACAAUUAUUUAGAAGCACUUGAAGUUUUAAAAAGUCAAAAUAAUAAAGAUCUUUUUUAUCAGUUUUCUGGUAUUCUUUUGCAAGAAUUACCACGUCCUACGGUAACUGCUUUGAUAUCGCAAGGGUUUUCAUUAAAACCAUCUAAACUCCUUCCAGCUUUAGUCUCUUGCAAUAGCGACGAAAAACAUGCGAAAGAAAUAAUUAGGUAUCUGGAGUUUUGCGUAUAUAAACUAGGCUGUCAGGAACAGGCAGUUCACAAUUUCUUAUUGUCACUGUAUGUUCGUUAUAAAAAAGAUGAAGUUAUGCGUUAUAUUAGUUCUCAAGGACAAGAUAUAAACAUGGUACAUUAUGAUGUUCACUAUGCAUUACGUUUAUGCCAAGAAGCUGGUUUAACCGAAGCUUGUGUACAAUUGUCCGCUUUGCUGGGACUCUGGACAAGAGCAGUAGACUUAGCUUUGACGAUUAGCGUUGAUCUUGCAAAACAAAUAGCUGCCAUGCCUACUGAUCACGACGAUGAAUUAAGAAAAAAAUUGUGGUUAAAAAUCGCUGAACACGUGGUUCGCGAGAAAGAUGAUAUAAAAGAAGCAAUGAUAUUUUUACAAAAUUGUGAUUUAGUCAGAAUAGAAGAUAUAUUACCAUUCUUUUCGGACUUUGUUACUAUAUAUCACUUUAAAGAAGCUAUUUGUAACUCAUUGCAGGAAUAUAAUCAGCAUAUCCAAGAUCUCAAAGAAGAAAUGCAAGAAGCAACGAAAGCAGCUGAACUUAUCAGGAAGGAUAUACAGGAAUUUAGAACAAGGUGUACAUUUGUACAUGCAAAGGACACAUGUGACACUUGUGAUGUUCAGUUGCUGUUGCGACCUUUUUAUGUAUUCCCAUGUGGACAUAGAUUUCAUAGUGAUUGCCUGGUAGCUGCACUGACACCUAUGCUAUCAAUGGAUCAAAGAACAAAGUUAGCUGAUCUUCAACGACAACUUACUGCUCUUUCAAAUAGACCUGAAGAUACUACCUCAAUUAGCUCUGUACCUUUAUCAAAGAAAGAUCAAAUUAAGGCUGAUAUUGAUGAUUUAGUGGCAUCUGAAUGUUUAUACUGUGGAGAACUUAUGAUAGAGUCCAUAGAUAAGCCAUUCAUUGAAGAGGAAGAUUAUGAAAGAGUAAUGAAAGAAUGGGCAUAA